AUGGAGUAUGGUGGCCUCGGCAUUCUCGACCUCGAGAAAUUCAGUAGGGCUCUGAGACUGAGAUGGCUGUGGCAUUCUUGGAAGAGCCUAGAUCGGCCAUGGGUGGGGAUGGAGGUGCCUUGUGAGGAGAGCGACAAGGCGGCGUUCAGCGCAAUGACAAUGAUCACCAUCGGUGACGGCCGCACGACCACCUUUUGGGGUUGUGUCUGGGCUGGUGCUGAGCCCCUCAAGGCGUCCUUCCCAUGCCUAUUCAAACACUCGAGAAGAAAGAACAGUACUGUACAGGCGGCUCUGCAUGACAAUGCUUGGAUUAAGGACUUGGCGCAUGGCAACGUAAACCCUUUGCUUCAGGAGUUCUUGAACUUAGAGAGGUUGAUCAGAACUGCUAGAACGAGUAUGAAGUCGGGGCAGCCCGACGAGAUCAGAUGGAAAUUCACGGCGAACGGGAUCUACAGCGCGUCAUCAGCAUAUCAGGCACAGCUUCUUGGAUUGAUCCAGGAUCCGUUCAGGAAAACCUUUUGGAGUGCCUGGGCUCCUGGUCGGCUCAAGAUCUUCGCCUGGUUACUGCAUCUUGAUCGGCCAUGGUGCAAUGACAGGCUGUAG